AUGCCUGCAGAGAAGCACAAGUCCCACUACCAGCAGCAGCAGCAGCAGCAGUGGGGUGGCAGAGGUGGGCGGUCGCCCCAUCGCCGGAGUUACCGCGACAACGGCCUUGCCGACGAUGAUGGUGGCAGCGGGGACAGAGAUGGGCGCCACCACCGCGGCCCACACCGCAGAAUCGACUACCACGGUGGCAGGAGUAGCAACGGCGCGGUUGGCAGGCACUAUAAUCGCCAUGGCUGGCGCCGCGAGGGAAGCCGUGAUCGUCGUGACGCGCACAUGCGCCGGCGGCACGAAGACGGCUACAGCAGUGAUGGCAACGCGAGUGUGUCUGACCACGAUGGUGCCCCCGGUGGCAGCUACAACAAUAACAACAAUGACGACAGCAGCCGUGAGGGUCGUCGUCACCGUCACAAACGACAACGCCGUGAGUCGUCGCAUUGCCGCCGACGUCAUCGCUCCUCGUCCCUUUCUUCUUCGGAACGACACUCGCGUCCUCGGAGGGAGCCCCGGCAUAAACGCGAGACGCACCAACAACAACAACAACAACAAGAAGAACAACAACAACACCAGAAGCAGCGACAACUGCUGUCCGCGCUGGACCAGCAGCUCGAGGCGUACCGGUGUCAUCGCCGCGGCAGCAAGGGCGAUGGCACGAACGACGUGUCACAGCAGAGGCCGUCGUUGUUGUCGCAUGGCAAUGCCGCCGCCUCCCUCUUGCCCUCCAGCCGCGUGGUGCUGUACGGCGUCGACUUGAGCGUGCAACCGUGCCACUUGAAUUCCAUGCUGGAGCAGCUCGUGGGGCGGCGGCCGUUGAGUGUCUUCCGCCCUGCUGAGGAGCUGCGGCAGACCCUCCGCGACAACGCCGCAGCCCGUGCGGAAAAUAUGCCGGAGUCGAUGUCCACCGCGCCUGCUUCGGGAACUGCGGCCGAAGGUUGUCUCCACUUGAGGCUCCACGACGUUGGUGGGGCCGGUGGCGUGGUGGUGUUGGAGCUGCCGCAAGACGGCGGCGUGGAGGCGGCGGUGGCGGUGCUGGACGGGGCGUGUAUCAACGGGCAGCGCAUCACAGCGGUGGUGGGCGGUUGA